AUGGACCUCCAACACCGCUUCCGCCAUUGGCCCGAGGCCCAUGACGUGGUCGGGGACAUCCUCCGCCGUACUUGGGAGAAUUUUCGCGGGUCAGGGAUGGUUUCGCAAGAAAUGUUCGAUGUUGUCCUAGAUCUCCUUCGACACUUCUUCUUCUUAGAGAGCACCGGUCAACUUCCUCGACGCGUGUCUUUGCGACUGCCAUGGCAGGAGAUUACGGCGGUUCUCCAGAAGGCUUUCCCUGCUUCGCUACUGGCGCGUCUUGUACCUAGCUUCGCCACAACGGCGGUUACCGAGCGCAAGAAGUCCGUCUUGCGCUCUCUUCUGUGCGCAGGCAUACCUGGCGACGAGCGAAAGCGCCUUUCCGUCCUCUUCCCGCCGAGGGAGUUCGUUCGCGUUCUAGCGAACGAGUGCGUCACGGAUGAGUUGCUCGUAGCCUUCGCCGGUAGUCUUUCUUCAGCUACUCCCACGCCGGAGGUACGUCCGCAAGUGGUCCGAUCACCGAUCCCGGCCAGAGGGGCUCAGCGCUCCCGUGUGGUUCGGUCCCCGAUUUUGCCGCCGAUGGUGCUCCCUCCGCCAAGACGCCUCCACGCACAUCCGAACCCGCCCACAUCACCACCACCACCUUCGACUACCGGGACCGCGCGUAGAAGGCUGAGCGUAGCGAGCACGCCUCCGAACGUGGUCACCGCUGUGGAACCCGAACCGGUAACCGAGCCGGCGACCGUCGUUGCUGUGGGAGAGGACGACGAGCCUGGCGUUCAAUUUGGGUCGGAAGCCGACGAAGAGACUGUGGAGGAUGACGCUGCCGUUCCUGUGUUGCCUGCUGCGCCAGUCCCCGCUCCAGUAGCGUUGACCGGGGCGGCAGGUGUGCCUGGCGAGCCCGGCGCUCGACUGGCGGCGUACGCCGGUGAGGAAGUCCGAGCCGAGCCCGACGUUCACGUGGAGGCGAACGUCGGUGGGGAGGUCGCAGAGGUGGGCACCGUCGCCGCGAACGUCGAGGAGGUCGUGUUAGUGCCCUCCGGUAACGACGCUUUAGCGCUUCUCGCGGAGCGCGAAAUCCGCCUCGAAAACGUCGAACUCGAGGGGUGUGGUCUCGGAGACCAACCCACCCCUGAAGAGAUCUUCGAGCAACUUGUCGCGGAUGAGCUAAGCGCCACGAACGCGAAAGACAAGUUACGCGUCCGUCUGAAGCGCCUUGGUGCUGAUCCGGCUAUGAUCUCCAACCCGUUCACCACGAUCGCGCUCGAGGACCUCGCGGGGGUCGAGGCGUUUUUCGCGAACGCGGAGAACGUGAACGCUUUCGAGAACCGGAUCUCGGUCUCGCGAAAGCUCAACCCGAAGACGGAGGUGACGUUGAACCUCUACUUCCGCGAGAUCUUCCACGCGCUGGUAUGCGGUAAGAUCGCGUUGGACGUGGCGUAUUCGCUCAUGGAAACCUUAAUCGGCGCCUUUGCUUUCCUUUCUCGAAAAGUCCGCCCGGGACCAAUACAACGCGCAAACAAGGCAGCGAUCAGCAGGUUUCACAUGCACCUCGCCCAGAGGAAAACUGUGAGCUUACUGAUGGAGUACAAGGCUAUCAUGGAAGCGGAAUCACAACGUCAGCGUGAUUGUCAUAAUCGUCGCACGUCGUCGGACGCGCCGCCGCCAACGCAACGCGCGAUGGCGCGCUGCCUUGCAGCCAAGACGGCGCACACUUCGAACGGUCUUUCGAAGGCGGUGGCAAUCCUCACAUCCGAUGGCACUGCUCCUGGCGAUCCGGAGACGCUCGCUAAGAUAGUCGCAAAGACGCCGACGGACGCAGGGGAGUUUCCUGAUGCGACGCGAGCCACCAUCGCUGAGGAAGGUGCGGAUGCGAAAAACUGUGUAUUUUUCGAUCCGAGCAAAAUGUCGACCGCUAUCCUUGCCUGUCCAAACAACUCCAGUAGCGACAUCGCUGGCGUUUGUUUCGAGCACGUUAAGAGCCUCCUGGGCCGUGCACACAGUGGUGGGUCGAACCACUUCCUCUCCUUUUUCUCUUUCCUGAUUGAGGAGAUCGCGCGCGACCCGGACGGGAAGUGUUUCACAGCACUGACCAGGGCAAAAUACAUCGCUAUCCAGAAACCGAAGAGUUCGGUUCAGGGCGAUAUCAGACCGAUUGGCAUCACGUCCGUCUUUCGACGUAUCUACGGCAAAUACGUGAUGAUCGAUUCGGGCAAACUCGUGGGCGGCAUCCUUUCCUCGCGCAAAAGGAACCCACAGUUUGCCGUAGGCGUCUCGUCCGGCGCCAACAUUCUAGGUCUAGCAACGAACAUCAUGCGCGAAGUCGCACCCACGCAUGUGUCUGCGGCGAUCGACGUGACGAAUGCUUUCAACGCGUUGAAGCGACCGCCUCUUUUCGAGGCACUCUCCGGGAAAACUUUCGGUGCCCAAAAGAACUUCGUCGUUACGACGCCUUCCUCUCGUAUGCUCGCGCGCACUACGCACAUGGGCCACAAGAUUUGUUGCCCGCACGGCACGGCCCUUUUCUCGAUUGCGUUGGACUUUAUCGUCAGCGCCGUCUUUGAAGAACAUGGGGACAGGUUCCCAGACGUGACUUCCAACUGGUUCGCGGAUGAUGGAGUGGCCUCUGGACCUUUGGAAGAAGUCAAGAAGUUCAUCACAAUCCUCACCCGCGAGCUUCAGUCGAAGGCCGGUCUCGAGGUCAAGUUCGUGACGUGUCUCGGAGGUUUCGACACUGACGCGGCAAGCCUCCUCGAGCCCGUCGAGGGGCUAAACUGGAAGAACAUUCCUUGGUCCCCCGGAGACAAGGAAUGUGGCAUUACGGUAGCGGGUACCCCGGUAGGUACCGCCGCGUAUGUUCGAAAGGAGGCGUUAGCAAUAGUCGAGAAACAUCAACAUCGACUUGAUCGCAUCGCGGACUUUGCCGAUCACGGAGAAGAUGGGCCUCGUGAUUUUGACAAAGAUUUCACGACUGUGGGUACUCGCCAUCUCGCGCUAACGCUGCUUGAUUACUGCUGCAAGCAUCGCUUUGAUUACGUGACUCACUUGAUCUCGAAGGAGAUCCUGGGGGACGGUCUAAUCGAACAUGUCCAACGCAGUAUCCACAGUUGCUUUUCGCGAAUCUGUGACGGUGAGAUCCAGUUCCAACUUUUGGAUGAAGUUGGAAAGCAACUUAUGGCUUUGCCACUCCGGUAUGGUGGUCAAGCCAUUCACGACAUUGGUUUUGAAGCUGACAUCUCGCUAGUUUCCACCUUGCACGCUUUGUCUCCCGACAUCGUCAGAAGAAUUCCGGAACUCCACCGAAAAAAAUUAAAAUUAGGGUUUAGGGUUUAG